GGUGUUGUUUUUUGUUUUGAGAGGUGUUCGUUUGUUAUUCUAGCGAUGUAAUGUGCUACACAAAAACAUAUAAAAUAAUGUUAUUUUAUAAAAGAAGACGAAAAUAACAAUCGUUUCUCUUAAUUUUUAUACUGCUAUUAAUCAUGGAAAGCAAACCUACUAUAACAUGUGCUGGAGAUGAAAAGUUUUUUUCUUCAAUAAAGAAUAUUAUAACUGAUGGACUACCUCGUGAAUCAGAAGAAUGGACUAGGUCUCAUAUGCGGAAUCCAAAAAAUGUUUACCUAACUGCGCAGUUUGCACCAUAUUCUGAAGAGCGUUUGCCUCCACCGGGGACAAAAUGCCUUUUAGGACAAGCAUUUUUCCACAUUUAUUGGGCUGAAUGUCAAGAUCUUGAUCAUUACCGACAGUCUGUGAAAGAAAACAUAAGUAACUGGCUUGCAACUCUAAAAGCUAGAAAAAUUUAUGAUUGGUUGAUUGUAGUGAUAGAUCAUUCUGAGAACAAAAAAUCGAACAAGACUAAACUUCUAUCUCGGGGCUCAGUUCUUGAUAAAGUGAAGAGUGAUUUUCCAAGUCAGGGUUCACAGAGGUGCAUAUCAUUGUUGGACCCCUGUCGAAAUGACUCUCGUGCUGUGGGAUCGAUGCAAUGCUUAUUGCAAAGAAUUCGAAAGUUGGUUCUACAAGCUUAUAGUCGUCAGUUAUGUUUGUUUGAAGAACAUAUGCGAACUCAGAGGGAGCGAAGAAAUGAAAAUGGUUGGAGCUUCCAAAAUUUCUUUUUUCUUCAAGAAGAAUUGGCAUUGGUUCUAGAGAUGCUUGGACUUUAUGAUGAAGCGUUAAUUCAAUAUGAUGAGCUGGAUGCUUUGUUUACUCAAUUUGUGAUUAAUUCAAAUGUUGGUGAUAUGCCAGAAUGGUUAACUUGUUUUUCGCGACCUUGUGACAUUUGGUCUGGUGUCUGUUUACUUAGAGAAAAGUCCAUAGAAUUGAGGAAUGUUUUGCUUUCUGGAAAUGCUUGUCUAUUAGAUUUAAGGAACUAUUUAUUUUCAAGGCAGUGUGCACUACUUCUGUUGCUUUGUCGUCCUUGGGAGGUUGCUCAAAGAACUUUGCCCUUUCUUCAUAAUUGUAUUAGUGAAUUAAAAAUACUUGAGGUGAAUAUGCCUCCUGGUGCUGUGGCUUGUUGGGUAUUUCUCAGCUGCUUUGAAGUUUUACAGACUUGUGAAAAAUUCAGUGAUACUUCUCAAAUCAAAGAAUAUUCUUUGUAUUGUGCAGGGUUAUGGGCAUAUGCAAGAGAAAAGUUACAUCACAUUGGUAUACUUUGUGGUUUGAUGCCAGAUUUGAUGGAUAGCAGUGAGAAACUACACAUUGUUGUUAAUCUUCUUGCUGGAAUGGGUGCAGAUCCUUAUCCUGUUGGAGUUGAUAGUCCUCAUGCUAAAUUGCGAGCAGCCCUUUCUUCUAAAGAAUCUUUCUUGAAACAUUAUUUGGAACUUUCUGAACUUACAAUGGGAACUUUUAAACACAACAGAAGAAUAAGAACAGCUCGCUUAAUUGGAAAAGAUUUAGCCCAAUUAUAUAUGAAAAUGAAACAACCUCAAAAAGCUGUAUCAUUUUUAACUGAUUUGUUAAAAACUUACCGUGAAGAAAAUUGGGAAAUUUUGACAGCUAGCAUUCAAGAGGAUUUGCUUGAAUGUUAUUCAGCUAUGGAAGAUAUUCAAAGAUAUUUAAAAACAUGUAUACGCCUUGCAGCUACACUGUGUUUUAACUUAGAUAAAAGGAAGGAUUAUUUUCAAGAGAUAAUUAGUUGUAGUGAGAAACUUGGUUCAGAUCCUUUAUUAGUUAGAACUGAGAGAACAUUUCUAGUCAGUGGUGCCAAAAUUGAAUCGUCUUUCACUCCGAUGAUCUGCGAUUCAGAGAUUUUAGUAACUUUCCAUAUUCAUAGCAAUUUGCCUAGUGAAAUUAUAUGUCGCAAUAUUAAGCUUUUUCUCAAGAAACAAAGUGCUCCUAAUGUAGAUAAGUCCAAACAAACUGAUAACCAUUAUUUAUCCUCCAAGCCCAAUGUCUCAUCUCAUAGUCCAUUAUCUCCUAUGCAGUCUGGGGGAGGAUUAGGUAUUCCAUCGAGGGAUGAAAUGCAACAACGAAUUUUAGUACAGCCUCAACUGAUUGUUGGGUGUUAUCGGCAAGAGGGUGCUCAGAUUUAUUCUGUGAUGUGCAAAAAUACCCAUCAAGUCCUGAGGCGCAGAGAUAGUCAAGGCUUCCAUAAAGAUGAUAUUUCUGAAGAAGAUAAUGGACCUUGUUUCAAAGUUAGCAUGGCAAAACUAGUUCCUGGUCCAAAUGUUAUCACUAUAACAGUCAAGGUUUCUCAGUCUGGAGUAUAUGUCUUUCAUCGUCUUUGGAUGGAAUGGGGAAACAUUCAUUUUGCAUUGUCUAAUAUCUCACCAUUAUUUUCAUUCCUGGUUAUGGAAGAAUUACCGACUAUUACCAGGAAGAUUGUUGAAUUAACUGAAGCUCAAAUGCAAAGACUGAAAGGUAGAUCUCAAGCUCAAAUCCGAGCUUGGAGAGAAGAUCAUCAUGGAGAUUUAGUGGCUGGCAUUGAACAAGAUGUUGUCCUCAAACUAUUUAGUGGCAGCUAUUCCUUUUCCAAAGAUACUACCCUUACUUUGAAAGCUUCUAGAGGAUUGAGGUUAAAGAAUGACAGUUCUGAAGCAUCUUGGGAAGAAGAUAUACAAAUUAAGCUUCCUGAAAUGAAACCUUUCAGUUCUGCUGAAAUGUCUAUCAAAGUCAUAGCUCAAGUUCAACUGCAAAAAACUGAUAAUGCUAUUGAACAUUUUAUCACCAUUUUGUGCCCAUGGUCGCCAAAUGCUCAACGAAUAUCUUUACAGUUUCUACCACCUUUUUUCAUUUUUCAAAAAUUGAACACAUGUGGAAUUCGGAAAUAUAUUGAAAUCGUAACCCAUGGAGUUUCACUUUUGCAUCGUUUUCUUUUAAAUAAUAUUAAGCUGGAAUUAGCUGAUCAAAAAGAUGUAGCUUUGCAACAGUUUGGUGUAUCUGAUACUCUGAUUAUUGAAGCUGAUGUCAGUGCCAGCUUUCUUUGGGAAAUAAUGACCGAAGACCCAAACCAGCUUCCAUCUCAUUUCAUUUUUAGUUUAGAUUAUCAACUCAUUGAUGAUUAUAUUCCACAAGAUUGGUUGCAUUUUAGUUAUGAAUUCAGAUUAAAUCAUUACCAGACUCUGUAUGCAGUUAGGGCUAGAAUUGAGCCACCACCUGGUUCGGAAUUCUGCCGAGCUGGAAAUAUGUGCUUCUUGCAUAUUUCAAUCAAUCAAGUUAACGAUUCAGAUGUAACCACCCUUAUGUACGAGGUGGUAGCUGAUCAGGCUGUGUGGGCUGUAUGUGGUCGAACUGCUGGAGUUGUGAAUAUUGAUAAUUCUAAAAAACAUGGAGUUACUUUAGAUGUGAAGCCCUUAAUUUCCGGUUUUCUUCCUCUUCCAACAGUCAGAUUAUCCAAAUACAUUCCAGCUGAACCAAGAAAGCCAACAUCAAAAGAUUCUACCCCAUCGAAAGACAGUGGGAGCUACAAUUCAUCUAAUGUUGCUCGUCUGGAGCCCUUUGAUACUGGACAAGUAUACAAUUGGAGCCGAGCAAAACAGAUUGAUGUAUUACCAGCUUCCAGUUGUUUGAGCUUAGAUGUUUCAUCCUGAAAGAUUUAAUAUUUAAGAGAGUGUAAAUAAUAUUAUGUGAAUAAAAAUUAUAAUUUUGUA